UGAAAGUUGAACAUCAGACUUGACAAUUAUUCAGCCAAAUACGAGUUUCCAGCUCUAAUACUUCCAAAAUGCAAAUUUAUACUUCUGAAAAGCAUGGUUGUGAUACAACUGGAGAUGGAACAGAAAAGGCUCCACUGAAAACUGUUCUACAAGCCUUAAUCAAGUUAGAUGGUAAAGUUAAUGCAGAUACACGUAUCUGGGUUGACGGUGUUGGCGAUGAGGCAUGGGAUGUUGUGUCAAAAACUAAACUGAAGAAAGUAAUGAAGACAUACAGUGCACAAGCAAGAAAACAGGAGAAGGGGCAACAUGAUAAACCAUCAUCUGAGAAUAAAGAUGUUAGCAACCAUCUCAGUGAAGCUAUGGAAGUUCAGCUUACAUUGGAUGCAACACUACCUAAAGCACAACAGUGUAAAAUUCGAGAAUUACAAACUCUAUAUGAUAAGCGUGUUCAUGUGUAUGGUUGGGUGCAUCGAAUACGUCGUCAGAGUAAAACCUUAAUGUUUAUUAUUCUUCGUGAUGGUACAGGAUUUUUACAAUGUGUUUUCGCAAACAAUUUGUGUUUAACUCAAGAUGCAGUUACACUAUCCCCUGAAUCAACUAUCGAAAUUUAUGGAACAAUAAAACAAUUACCAGCUGGUAAAUCAGCUCCUGGAGGUAUUGAGCUGCUAGCUGAUUAUUGGUCAGUGAUUGGCAAGGCACCAGCUGGUGGCGUUGACUCUGUACUGACAGUGGAGAGUGAUAUUGAUACACAGUUGGACAAUAGACAUUUAGUUAUUCGAGGCGAAAAUACUGCAAAAAUGCUCAGACUAGUCGGUAUUGCUUUAUCAGCCUUUCGUGCACAUUAUACUGAUCGUGGUUAUGUUGAAGUAUUGCCGCCAACAUUUGUGCAAACCCAAGUUGAAGGUGGUUCCACUUUGUUUUCUCUGAACUAUUUCGGUGAAACUGCAUAUAUGUCUCAAUCGUCACAGUUGUAUUUAGAAACAUGUAUACCUGCAGUAGGCGACUGUUAUUGCAUCACUCGCAGUUAUCGAGCUGAAAAAAGUAGAACUCGACGUCAUCUCUCCGAGUAUAAUCAUGUUGAAGCAGAAUGUCCAUUUAUUGAUUUGAAUGGUUUAUUGGAGAGAAUUGAAGAUCUAGUUGUUGAUGUUUGUGAUCGUAUUAUGAAAGAAGCCGGUGAUCUGUUGUUGGACGUUAAUCCUGAGUUUAAAGCACCUAAAAGUCCAUUUAAACGCUUAAAAUAUGAAGAUGCUAUCGCUCAACUGAACAAUUUAGGCAUUAUAAAAGAAGAUUUAACACCUUUUCAAUUUGGUGAUGAUAUUCCUGAGGCUCCAGAACGUCGACUUGUUGAUACUAUUGGUGAACCAGUCCUGUUGACUAAUUUCCCUGCUGGUCUAAAAGCAUUCUACAUGUCGCGAACUGAAGGUGAUCGACGUCUUACUGAUUCAGUUGAUCUACUUGUCCCAGGUGUUGGUGAAUUAGUCGGUGGUUCAAUGCGUAUGGACAAUAUUGAUGAAUUAAUGAAUGGUUAUAAAUCAGAGCAGAUUGAUCCAACUCCAUAUUAUUGGUAUACUGAUCAGCGCAAAUUUGGAACUUGUCCACAUGGUGGUUAUGGACUGGGCUUUGAACGAUUUUGUACAUGGCUUUUAGGCAAAGAUCAUAUACGUGAUGUUUGUCUCUUCCCUCGUUUCACCGGUCGAUUUCGCCCGUAACUCUUACUCCCUGUGUGUGUGUGCGCACGCGCACAAGUGAAUGUAAUACUUACUGCUGUCUCCUUUCAAUUGAAUUACCAGAAUUGUAUGACAUUCCUUUGCUUAUUGACAGUUUUCCCAUUUUCUGAUGUCUUUUAGCCAACUGUUCUGCUUUUUGAAACUUUCAUUAUAAUUAGCACACCUAUAUGUCCUGAUCUAACUACACUGGCAUUCACUAACAGCUGAUGAUUAGUGCACCAAUUUAAUCAAUAGCCUUUAUUACUAUCUGUCUCUAUUACAGACUGGAAGAUAUCAUAACAGAUAACCUCAGGAUGAAUACUAUUCACGCUUUCAUUUUGUAGAGAUCUGUGUUUUCAUUUUGUGAUAUUGAGAUUUUCAGACUUUUCAGUUUUUAGUUAUUUCUCCCUUAAGCUUCAACUAAAACGACAUUUAAUAGUAUUAUUGUUUUGAUACACUAAUAAAAUCAGAAACUAUGAAUAAUAAUUUAUAAUUUUGUAAUCCCAUCAAACAAUCAAAAUUUACAAUU